AUGCCGGAAACCCAGCGCUUGCUGGCAGAGCCGGUCCCUGGGAUAAAAGCAGAGCCAGAUGAAAGCAACGCACGUUAUUUUCAUGUGGUUAUUGCAGGUCCACAGGAUUCCCCCUUUGAGGGUGGGACAUUUAAACUUGAACUAUUCCUUCCAGAAGAAUAUCCAAUGGCAGCUCCUAAAGUACGUUUCAUGACCAAAAUUUAUCAUCCUAAUGUAGACAAGCUGGGAAGAAUAUGUUUAGAUAUUUUGAAAGAUAAAUGGUCCCCAGCUUUGCAGAUUCGUACAGUUCUGCUAUCAAUCCAGGCUUUGUUAAGCGCUCCCAAUCCAGAUGAUCCAUUAGCAAAUGAUGUAGCUGAGCAAUGGAAGACCAAUGAAGCCCAAGCCAUAGAAACAGCCAGAGCAUGGACUAGGCUAUAUGCCAUGAAUAAUAUUUAAAUGCGCUUUGAACAUCAAGUGUGCAUCACUUCUCCUGUUCUGCCAAGACCUCUUCCUUUUUUGUUUGCAUUUAAUGGACACAGUCUUAGAAACAUUACAGAAUAAAAGCCCAGACAUCUUCAGUCCUUUGGUGAUUAAAUGCACAUUAGCAAAUCUGUGUCUUGUCCUAAUUCACUAUUGUACCGCAUGAGCAGAGGCUAGAAGUAUCAUCUGGAUUGUUGUGAAAUUGUUUGAAAGCAGCAGCACAUCUCUGCUUUUAAUCAUUUUUCCUGUCAUGGUUUAAGUAUAAGCACUGUGAAUGAAGGUAGGCAGGGUUAGCUGCGGGGCUUCUUGUUUUAAUUUUGUGGGCUCCUCCUCCCUUUUGAUGGUGAUGCUAAUUCCAUUGGUAAAAGCAGCUAACCAGUUAUACUUUAGAAUAUACCCUCUAGCCCAGUCUAACUUAGAUGCUGUAGACGGACAAGCUUCAUUGUUUGAACAAAAAAUGGGAACAUUAAACAUCCAUCACCUUCACUAAUAAUAUUGUGAUUCUGCUGUCAAGUGUAGAAAAAUCCCUCCAAGAAAAAGCUUGUGACCAUUUUGUAUGGCUUGUCUGGAAAAUCUCCUGUAAAUCUUAUGUUUUAGUAAAAUAUUUUUUGUUAUUCUACUUUGCCUUUGUACAGUUUAUUUUGCUGUGUUUUAAUUUCUCUAAUGUGACAAUCGUAUUUAAAAAAAUUGAAACCAGAAUUGACAAUUUGCCUUUACCAGUCUGACAGAUUAAAUGGUAAAGAGGCGGAAUUCACAAGAUUUUUUUUUUUUUUUCCUUCUGUUUGCUGACUUCUUUUAUUAGCUUUUGUUAUGUGGGUGACCUUACCUGGACAAUUUAAUGUUAAAGUGCAUUUGGAGUGACUUUCAGAAACAAGUCUCUGAUGUAACCAUUGUAACCAUAAUUUUAGUAGUGCAUUGGUAUGCAUUUUCAUGGAAAUAACCAUAAUCAAGUAGGAGGUUGAAAGCAAAUGACAGCACUAAUUAUGAGUAUCUGUAUAACUUCUCUUUGCUGAUUGCCAUCAGAUGUUAGGCUACACAGUUUUCUAACUUCUUUAAUUCCUGCCCUCUAUUAACAUGAAACACCAGUGUGUAGAACCACUGUUAGAGCCAGCUUGUGUAUCGACUGGUUUACGUAACCCCUUACAGCUAGCACCUCAUACCGCUGGUUUUCUCUCAUUAAGCUGCUUGCUUGAGCAACCAGUCUGCUUAAAUAGCAACAAAGCUUCUUUAUUGACAAAUAUCUUGUCUGGGAGUCCAGCAUCUUUUCUGGGAACCCAUGUUAUUGCUUCUGUUAAUUUCUUGUAUCUCCUCCUUUUCCCAAGCCCUUUCCCUCGCCAAAAAAAAAAAAAAAAAAAAAAAAAAGCGGAAAAAAAAAG